CUAUAAAAGGCAGCGUGAGGGAGGACCCAGACAGCACUCAUCUCUCUCCUCCAGGGAUCCUGAAGACACGAGCUUUCAGAGCUGCCAGAAACAACCAUGCUGGGAGGUGUAGGAAAACUUGCCGCCGAGGGCCUGGCUCACCGUGCUGAGAAGACCACAGGAGAUGCAGUCAACGCUGCUGGAGAGGUGGUGAAGGAGGUGGUGGAUAAUGCCAAGGAGGCUGGUGGGAAAGUCGUUUCGGACGUCGUCAAGGCUGCCCAACAGGCCGGCGACAAAGUCGUGAAGGAAGUAACCGACAAAGUUACCACCACUGUGACCAACGCGGCUGCCGGUGUUAGCAAGCUGGGAGGACAGUGAGCAGUUCUGCUGUCCCCUUGCGCUCUCCCCUUGCAGGUUUCAGAGCAAUAAAAAAAUCAAUGUGA